AUGAAUGGUAUAUACGGGCUCCGUGAAUCAUGGAUUCUAGCUUAUUAUCGCGAAGAAGAAAUGUCCGGACUUAUGCAGACAUCAUCUAGAUCCGAAAGCGAGAAUCACUUUUUUGGCAAGAUUAGCAAUCCAAAGUGCACUUUGGUUGAAUUUCUUAGCCACUUCGACACAGCUAUCGAAGCGCAAAGACAUGAGCAUCGAAAAACGAUCAUGACACUCGAUACACCAACCCUAAGCCGUGAAGUUAUGAUACGUGAGGAGGAUGUAACUGUUAAAUGUAACUGCAACAGGUUUGAGCAGUUUGGAUUGUUGUGCAGUUACAUUUUUUGUGUGUUAAGGAUUCUUGAUGUAAGGGAGUUUCCAAAACAAUAUAUAUUGAGGCGAUGGACGCGUAAAGCUGUGCCAAAUAGUUCCCCCGGGUCCAUUCUUACUGAUGGCGGUGAUCCAGAUCGUAGCGAGGAGGUCAACCGUUGUGUUCGUGAGAUUAGUCACGCAACUGAGUAUGUCGUGAACAAGUUGAUUUCAAAAUUUGAUCAGUUGUUGAGCACGACCACUAUCCGUGUUCCAGUUGGUACCAGGUUCAAGGGUUGUGGUUCUCAUAAACACCUCAAAUCUCAAAAGGAGCGAGCCAUAAGUCAGUCUGGAAGUAAACGGAGGCAAUGUUCAAUAUGUAAAAAAUAUGGUCAUAACAAUCGAACGUGUUGGAAAUACACCGUGGCCGUGCCUAAGGGAGGCACAUCGCGGAAUGCUGCUACAAUCGUUGAAGGUGAGGCUGCUACAAUUGUUGAAGGUGAUGGUCCUGGUUCCAACGAUGUUGAUGAUGUGUUUUACACAUCGGGAAAUGAUGCAGAUCUGGAUGACGAAGACAUGGCAGAGUAG